UCGCCGGGCCCCGCAGUCAAAGCCCCCCCUUCCCCCCCCUGAUCCCCUUUGACGCCAUGAGGAUUUAUCAAGCUAAUAAUUGCCCCUCUAAACUUAUAGACCGCGCAACUUUUUCUGACGAAUGUCAAAUCUCAAUAUUCACGUAUCCUCACAUCACAUCCUUUCUCUCGUAUCAUUUCAUCCCCUCCAGCCAUUGUAACCCAAGAACCAGUCUGCGAAUCCCCUCAACCAUUUCCUACUACUCCUCCUAUAUCUUACAUACGCACAAUGGCCCUCGCCGAAGAGACGAGUCGCAUCGCGGCAUUGUUCGAGUACUCGGACGAAGAGGUGAAUAAGGGCGUCCUAGAAUUCCUACGACAAAUGAAGGAAGGAUUACAACAUGAUGGCACCAGCUUGAGUCAAAUUCCCACAUACGUUACCGGCGUCCCCAAUGGCACCGAAAAGGGACUAUACCUAGCCGUCGACCUAGGAGGCACGAACUUCCGAGUUUGUUCAGUCCAUUUAAAUGGCGACACCACUUUCAAUCUCACAUAUAGCAAAGUCGCAAUCCCGAAAGAGCUGAUGGUCGCAGAACACGCCCAUCAGUUAUUUGGAUUCUUGGCUAAGCAAAUCGAGAUCUUCUUAAGAACUCACCAUGGAGAUCAUUUUGAUGCUCACAUCCGUCGGCGGCAAACUGUGAGCACUCCAGAGGGUUACCGGGACGAACAAAUAUUUCGACUCGGCUUUACCUUUAGCUUUCCUGUCCAACAAUCCGGUAUCAACAAAGGUACUUUAAUGAGAUGGACCAAGGGAUUCGAUAUCCCGGAUGCAGUUGGCAAGGACGUCUGCGCAUUACUCCAGCAAGAAAUCGAUAGGCUUCACCUGCCCGUCAAAGUAGCUGCUUUAGUGAACGACACCGUCGGCACGCUUAUGGCUCGUUCUUACACGUCGCCGGGCAAAACUGCUACCCUGUUAGGUGCCAUUUUUGGAACUGGUACCAAUGGCGCCUACGUGGAAAAGGUUUCCAACAUCAAGAAGCCUGUCGGGGGUGACUACGAUAAGUCGACUGGCCAGAUGGUCGUAAAUACUGAGUGGGGUUCCUUCGACAACCAGCUAAACAUAUUACCCAACACCUCCUACGAUAUCGAAUUAGACAAGAAGAGUGUGAACCCUGGGAUCCAGAUGUUCGAGAAGCGGGUGUCUGGCAUGUUCCUGGGUGAAAUCGUCCGCCUCGCCAUUGUAGAUAUGCUCAAAAACCCUAGCAUAUCGUUGUUCCGCGACGAGAAUUCUAGCCAGAACGACUGGAAAUCCACCACUACCAUUGGCGCUGAGUCUAGCGUCUUCCAGCAAUGGGGCCUUGACAGUUCCAUAAUGUCCAUUGCCGCAGCGGACAAUACGCCUGACUUCUCGACCCUGCGACAAGAGCUAGAAAAGCAAUUACAAGUAUACGCUGCUUCGCGCGAGGAUGCGCUAGCUUUCAAGAAAGUGGCAUACGCGGUCGGGCGCCGGGCUGCCAGGCUCUCCGCUGUGGCCCUCGGUGCUAUCGUCCUGCAGAGUGGCAAGCUAAAGGAGGCAGGUGACGAGCCAAUCGACAUUGGAGUCGAUGGCAGCCUAGUAGAACACUACCCAUUCUUCCGGGAUAUGAUCUACGAGGGUCUUUCCGCGAUCGAAGGAAUCGGACCGGAAGGCUCGAAGAAAAUCCGUAUCGGGAUUGCUAAAGACGGCAGUGGUGUCGGUGCCGCCCUGAUCGCGCUCGUUGCAGCCAAUAUGGAGAGGAAGACCGUCGGGGACUACUUGAACCGGCUUAGAAACGACGUCGCCCAGAAAAUCUCCAAUGUUUUCGCGGGGACUGCGGAGCCGACGACAGUGGCAUGAUGAGCAUCGGCCGGGGCACGACUUCUUUCUACUUUCUAUAUGUUCGAACCACUACGGCACCUGGAUCAGAGGCUAUGGAUUGCGUGGGGUGAAGUUAUUGAACAUGCAUGUACCUACCUAGUUUAUAUUAUUUUACCAUCAUGACCUAAUGCAAUACUUUUAUAACGAGCCACUCUUACUCUUGUGAUAUGCUAGAUGUCCAUAUAAUAUACAGGUUGCAAAGAUGUCGCGAGGCGAGGUUUAUUCCAUACCU